AUGGUCUGCUCUUCAGUCCUAAGCUGGUCUUCAGUUCCUCUCUCCGACCCGCUUGAACUGCUAUCCCCCCCGUCAUCAGAAUUCCCGCUAUCGGAAGCUGCUCAACAUGCCCAUGCCGCUGAGGCUCUUGAAACUGCCCUUCCCUAUGAGGCUCAUGAACUUGUAUCUGCCUCUGUUGCCCCUGCACUUCUACAUGCAGUUGCUGUUCAUGAUGAUGAACUUGCGUCUGCAGUUCCACAAGAUGCCCGUGUCUCAACUGCCUGUUCCAACCUUGCAUCUCGUCCUGUUGCAUGCGCGGGCCCCCUUCCCAAUGCUCCCAAACGUGCUCAAUGUUUAAGCGUUGCUCCUGCAACUGAACCCUGGUACGUCGCCCAGAUGCCUGCCGCCCACUCCGUUGAGAUUGUUGAUGCCUCAGUCCAUCCGGUUGCAUUUGCUGCCGCUCAUCCCCUUCAUGGGCCCUAUCCUCUUCCUCCCCCCCGUCCAACUGCCGCUCCCCUUGCCCCUGGUGGUGCCCAUCUCCUCGAUGCUGCCUCUGCCCUUCUUGCUGCCCAGUCCCUUCCUGCUGCCAAGAAUCUUGCAGCUGCUGAGUCCCUUGGUGCCUAUUCCCUCCCUGCCGCCCAAUCCAUUGCUGCUGCCCAGUCCCUAGCUGUUCCUCAGUCCCUAGCUGCUGCCCAGUCCCUAGCUGCUGCCCAGUCCUUUCCUGUCGCCCAAUCCCAUCCUGCUGACCUUGGUUUUGUUGUCGCCCAGUCCCUAGCUGCUGCCCAGUCCCUUGCUGCUGCCCACUCCCUAGCUGCUGCCCAGUCCUUUCCUGUCGCCCAAUCCCAUCCUGCUGACCUCGGUUUUGGUGUCGCCCAGUCCCUAGCUGCUGCCCAAUCCCUUGCUGCGGCCCAGUCCCUUGCUGCUGCCGAAAAUCUUGCAUCUGCCAAGCCCCUUGCUGCCUCCUCCCUCUCUGCUGCCCAAUCCGUUGCUGCUGCCCAAUAUCUAGCUGCUGCCCAAUCCGUUGCUGCUGCCCAAUCCGUUGCUCCUGCCCAGCCCCUUGCUGCUGCUCACUCCCUUCAUGCCACCCUGUCCCUUGAUGCUGCCCAGUCCCUUGAUGCUGCUCAGUCCCUUGAUGCUGCCCAGUCCCUUGCUGCUGCCCAGUCCCUUGCUGCUGCCCAGUCCCUUGCUGCUGCCCAGUCCCUUGCUGCCUAUUCCCUCCCUGCUGCCCAGUCCCUUGCUGCUGCCCAAUCCCUUGCUGCUGUUGUAGUUGUCCUUGCUGCUGCCACUGCUCUUGCUGCUGCCAAUGUCCUUGCUGCUCCCCUUCCCCUUGUUGCUGUCUCUGUCCUUGCUGCUCCCCUUCCCCUUGUUGCUGCCCUUGUCCCUGCCAGUGCCCAUCCUCUCGCUGUUGCGGCCGUCCUUGGUGCUGUACAUGCCCAUGCUCCCCACGGCAAGCUCCCCCCAGCCUAUGUCGAGUUUGACAUCCCUCACAGUGAACAUAGUUGA